GUUUAUAGAUUUGGCAGAAAGCCAGCAGUCGACCGUCUCUGCCUUGGGAUUCCCCACAGUGAGUGUUUCGGUCUGCUCGGGGUGAACGGCGCAGGGAAGACCUCUACGUUUCGCAUGCUGACUGGAGAUACGCCCAUCACACACGGGGAGGCCUUCCUGAACCAUCACAGCGUGCAGAGAGAGAUGGAGCGAGUCCACCAGCUGAUGGGUUACUGCCCGCAGUUUGAUGCCAUCAAUGACCUGCUGACGGGCCUGGAGCACCUGGAGCUGUACGCCCGCCUGCGGGGGGUGCCAGAGGAGGCUGUCAGAAAGGUGGCGCAGUGGGGCGUGAAGAAGCUGGGCCUGCUUCAGUACGCAAAUCAAAAGGCUGGAGGCUACAGCGGAGGGAACAAGAGGAAACUCUCCACAGCGAUCUCCCUCAUCGGGUGCCCGCCUGUUAUAUUCCUG